AGAGGUUACUCGGACGCCCCGCCCAAACAAUACAGGCAGCAGGACAGAUUUCUGGAAACACACUGCCGCAUAUUAUGAUUUUACGAUAGACGGAUUUUAUUAAUCUACUGUAAUACUUCAAGUAGUGUUUUUCAAAUCGAGCGACGUUGAGGUAUUUUAAAACCUCACUGAGACGAUGUGAUACUUCCGGACAGCACAGUAACGAUAGUCAGUCCGUGUUAGCUACCGUUAGCAAUCAGAUGCUAAUCGAGUUACCUAACCCGUGUGACAACCCAUCAACUGGUAUAAAAAGUUGUUUUUCAUAAGCUUUUUGAGACGGUAACGUGAUGCCAAUCAGCUGUUGAACAACCAACUGACAAAGUCCGAUGUGUUUGUUGGCAACGUUGCGUGGUUUAAAAUUAAAGCUAGCCAAAGAACACUGAGUUAGCUUAGCUGCUACAAUAAACGACAACAUCCACCAAACUGGACAAAACUUUGGAAUUUGUGGGGUUUAAAUCGGGCUCGGCGGGUUCGCUGACCCCUCAGAAGAAGAUGAAGAAGCGGAAGGAGCUGAACGCCUUGAUCGGACUCGGAGACAGCAAGAGGAAGAAGACCAAGAAGGGGACAGGUCACCGGCUCCUCCGCACCGAGCCGCCGGACUCCGAGUCCGAGUCCAGCUCGGACGACGACCAGUUCAACAACAUGAGCAGCAGCGCGAGCACUGUGAAAAGAAGCUACACGCAGUGCUGCACCGUGUGCUACCCCUUGUUUCUGUUCAUCGUACUGGCCGCCUGCGUCAUGGCCUGUGCUGGACUCAUAUGGAUGCAGAUUGCGCUGAAAGAAGAUCUGGACUCACUGAAAGAAAAGCUGCAUAGCAUGGAAUCCAGUCAGAAGGUGUCAUCGAGUGAAAUACCAAAACUAAGUGAGGACCUGAAAAACAAGGACAGGAAGCUCGAGGACAUUGAAAACGGGGACAAGGGGUUGAGCAAGCUCUGGUCGAACCUCACAGAAAUGAACAGAAAGAUCAGUUUGCUGGAUUCUGCAGUGAACCAUUUAAAGACCAACUUGAAGUCAGCCGCUGACUUGGUCAGCCUCCCCACGACAGUGGAAGAGCUUCAAAAGAGUGUUGCUACUAUUGGCAGCACACUGACAAGUGUGCAGCACGAUGUGAAGACUAUGCAGGCUGCGCUCGAAAACCAGAAGAAAGAGGAAGAGUUGAAGAAGACAAUGGACAUCACAGAGCUGAGGAAAGCUGCGAGUGAGGCGAACAAGACAGAGGAGCUGCGUCACACACAGACUGACGAGCACGUCCACGUCCUCCUCUCUACGGUGGCAGAACUCCAGCAGAGAGUGUCGUCAUUAGAGAACGACUCAAAGAGAAGCUCAAAGAACGAUGACGCAGCAGGAAUCACCAGUGAAAGUCCAGCAACCGAUGCGGCGAAAGAAGCGAGUACAACCAAAGCAACACCGGGGGAUGUGCAAGAGGUAUCCACACCACUGACAGAACCUCAGACAAGCAGACGCCCACGCUUCGUAACACCAAACCGCUCUAAGAGAAACGCUGAGACGGCAUGCCCGAAGAGGGUGUUCCUGCCUGGAGUCAGUUCUCUGAAAGACUUGGAGGACAUCUUCCAGCAGGAAGGUGUUGGACGCGACUCUCCCGGAUUGGACUACCGCGGCCUGAGGAGAGUGUUUAAAAAGCCGCAUCCCAACGCUCGCACCAUGGAAUGUUUCGACAAAGACGGAGACCAGAGGUUCUCCCUGAUGGAGCUGGGAGCUGCUGUGGGUUUGUGAGCAGACCGUCACUGACGGCAGUGAACAGUCUUUGAACACCCAGCGGGGUUCUGGGAGUUUGAAGUUCCCGACCCGUUUUCUGUAAUUGCUGCACUUUUGUGAACCGAGUAUUUAUCAUACCGAUUGUGGAACAGUGGCGCUGGCAUGCCCCAUACUCACUCACUCAACCCCCCUCCUCCUCCUCCUCGGUCUAUUUCAACACAUCAUCCACAAAACAUGCGCUUCAAAUUUUUAAAUUCAUCCAAUUCAACCUGUGUGCAGAAUAGUCCGCUCUUAUUUUAGCUCAUUCCGUGGUUUACAUGAAAUAAACCGUGGGAAGUGUGAAUUAUUUUGAAUCCCAUUUUCCACCCUCAGUUCUCAGACUUGCUGUUUUUCCUGCACAUUUUAUUGAAUUUUGUUCUAUUUUGUUUCCAGUUUGUCACAUCUUGAUGUCACAUGUUUGUGUAUUUAGCUUCUCUGGAGGCUAAAUGUCUCGUUCCCCAGCCAUCAACAUCUGGAACAACUCCAUGAACUGUAUUUAUAGAACCUGAGAUAGAAUUUUAGGAACGUUUACAAAUUAUUACUAGAAACAGUUUUUUGUGAGUGGUUUGUUUUUAGUCAGACUCCUAACUUAACUGAAACACAUAAUUGAGCAUAAAGAGUGAGGAUUUCUAUCAGCUCUUCUCUCGGCUGACGUUUCAGAUUUCUUUCUGCUCAGUGUUUCUCUCUUAUUUUCAGUUAGUUGCUACAUUCUGAUUGUUUGGUUUCUGUACAUUUUAGCUUUUUGCAGCUUUCCGUUCUACACGUUUUGAAGGGCUAUGAACACUUUGAAUCAUUGUGAGGGUUUUGAAGAUGUAACUCAUGAGGCAUAUGUAGCAAUAACAAAAUGACGUAGGUAUUACUUGUUUAGAAUUGCAGUAGACAAACGAUGUGUAACAGGUAGUACAAGAAGCACUGACCAUCAAUCUCCACUUGAUUUAUUUUAUUCCAUUUUUAAUAAUGGGCUUAAUAAUGGUGUAUUUACAUAACAGAUUUGUCAUACUCAAACAUUGUUGUACUCUGUAAAAAUGGUUUAAAUGUAUUCUCAGAAAGUAUCUUGUGAAGGGGGGGGGGGGGGGGGGGGGGGGGUGGUAAAAAAAAAUCUUUACGGUCUUAAUCUUACCAUUGUAAAUUUUUUAAAUAAUUGCGUUGUAAUUUGCAUGUUGCUUAUAACGUAACAUGAACACAUUAUUUAUAUAAAGUUAACAGUUUUUGCAGGACAAUGUAACA